CCAGUGACCAAAGCUCAAAACUCGCCAAACGUCUCACCAUUUUGGAGGCCCAAGACAUCGCCAUAUUCCCAACGCAUCAAUGUAUUGAAGACCGUUUUGGUAUUUACUUAUCUAGCUUCCUCUAGUCUUGCGCACUUCGGUUCGUGUGGCGCAUCGUUCUCUCUUCUCUAACGCCAAGUCACCCAAUUUUUGUGCGAAAAAAAGAUGGGAAAAUCGUCGAAGGACAAGAGGGAUGCCUACUACAGGCUCGCCAAAGAGCAGGGGUGGCGGGCAAGGAGCGCUUUCAAAUUGCUUCAGCUCGAUGAGGAGUUCAACCUCUUCGAGAACGUCACCCGGGUGGUCGAUCUCUGCGCUGCCCCCGGCAGUUGGUCUCAGGUGCUCUCCAGGGUGCUCAUCAAAGGCGAGAAGUUUGGCCGCUGUGCAUGGCAGGACCGGGAGGCCAAGUUUCGCCAGCAAAUGCUCAAGGUCUUCUCGUCAGACGAAGCCCCUGAGCAGCAGAAGCCCGCCGUGCGGACCGAUACCUCUGUCGACGAGAACCCACGGCCGCGAGGAGACGUCAAAAUUGUGUCCAUCGACCUACAACCCAUCAGCCCCCUACCGGGAAUCAUCACCCUCAGAGCCGACAUCACGCAUCCUGCCACUGUGCCUCUUUUGCUCAAGGCAUUGGACCCCGACUACGACCCCGAAACUAUGAAUCAGCAAGCUUCGCAGCCUGUCGACCUCGUCAUCAGCGAUGGCGCCCCGGACGUCACCGGUCUCCACGACCUCGACAUCUACGUGCAAUCGCAGCUGCUGUUCGCCGCCCUCAAUCUUGCCUUGUGUGUGUUGAAGCCUGGUGGCAAGUUUGUUGCCAAGAUCUUCAGAGGUCGCAACGUCGAUCUCCUCUAUGCACAGCUUAAGAUCUUCUUUGAGAAGGUCUACGUCGCAAAGCCCCGUUCGUCCCGCGCGAGCAGUGUUGAAGCCUUCAUCGUGUGCAUCAACUUCCAGCCGCCUGAAGGCUUCAAGGCCAGUCUGGAGGAGCCCUUGGGGGUCGGCAGCCGGCUCCCCAGGAUGCUGGCUGAGAGGAACGCAGUGGUACCGAUCGUCGCCCCUGUCUUGAUGCAAGAUUCCGAGACUGGAGCCUGGAAUGAUACCCCUGACCGGCCACAGACGGCAGACGAGAGCGGCAUUUCCGACGUCGAGGUUGAUGAUUUGUCCACCGGACCACAGGACAAGGAUAUUCGCUGGGUCGCCCCGUUUGUCGCGUGCGGCGACCUCUCAGCCUUCGACUCAGACGCUUCGUAUAAGUUGCCUGAGGACCACGUCUCCCUCGACCCAGUACAACCGCCCACAGCACCACCAUACAAACGAGCCAUUGAGUUGCGGCGAGCCAAUGGCGGCGCAUACGGGAAACCACCAGGCAAAUAAGAUCGUUUUGCCUCAUCUAAAUCGCAUUAUCUCGCUACCUUUCCUUCUCCGUCCCAGUCUUACUCGCAUCUGCACCCAUUGCUUUGCCCACCUUGAACGUAGCCGCAGUCCCACGCCUCUCGAGCAGAACCAAGUCCUUCGACGGCGUCUCACUGAUGUACUUGGCCCCAAUUGUCGCCCGAUACAUCUUGACCGCGGCCUCGCCGCUUGUAAACAGCAAACAGCGCCUCAGGUGCGGCCACGAACUCAACACCUCGUCCAGACAUUGCAUCAUCCACUUCCCCAACCCCUUCCCCUGGUGCGAGGCCAGCACGUACACGUCGGUGAGAUAGCCGAACGUGGUGUAAUCCGUGACGAGGCGGGAGAGGCCAAUCAUGGUCAUUACCUUUCCGUCGCCGCUCUUUCCGUGGUCUUCAUCCCCGUUCGCU